UCUCAAACCAAUUAUGGACUUUAGUUAGAGGAGGGAGGGCCACGACGUUUUCUUCACCACAAAUAAUGGCGAUUCUAGAAUAGUUAUGAUGCCCUUGUUUGGACCGACUUUGAAAGAGAUAUCGAGAGACUCUGGGCUUGUUUGGAAUUGGAUGGGAAUGUGGCAAAGUCAAAAGCAUUCAAAGAGGGGGAAGUUAUAUCUUGGUUUCCUCAAAGGAGUCAAGUCCCCCCCCUCCCUCACCCAAAUAUUCUAACGCAUGCCUUACUUUUUCUCCAUUCUAAUUGUCUCAUGUAAUGCCACACACACACCCAAUUAAAGAAACCAAGUCUCUCCUCCCCUUCCCCCCCCAACGCAUAACUGAUUCGUUCCUCAAUAUAAUCCUCUCUUACCUUCCCCCCUCACUUUUCCACUUUGUCAAUUGUAAAGCAAAAGCACCUUUUGUUUUCUCUCUCUCCACCUCUCUGUGGUUUCGGCCAUGGGAGAUGUUGAAGAAGCAUGCAACACGGGGUUGUUUCUCGGGUUAGGCGUCGGCGGGUGCGCGACCAAGCGGAAGGAAGAGAGGAAGAAGAAGAAUAGGCUGAAUAGUACUACUUCUUCUUCAACGGUGGGCUUGGGGCUCUCCUUCUCCAUUUACUGCUCGUCAUCCAAGGUGGAAACUGAUGAUCAUCCCUCCAACAGCAUUAAUAACACUGAAUAUUCAACCAGGUCAAGCUUUCGCAACAGCUUUGACCAGUCUCAGGAUGACCACAAUAGCCCACCUCGCAGCAGCAGCAACAACGCCGGAGAUUUUAGCGGCGGUGGCCGGAAGAAACUCAGAUUAACCAGAGAACAGUCUGCCUUGCUCGAAGAGAGCUUCAAACUUCACACCACUCUCGCGCCGGCACAGAAACAAUCAUUGGCUGACCAACUCAAGUUGAAGCCUCGGCAAGUGGAAGUUUGGUUUCAGAAUAGGAGAGCAAGGAGCAAACUGAAGCAGACGGAAGUGGACUGCGAGUUCUUGAAAAAGUGCUGCGAGACCUUGAGCGACGAGAACCGGAGGCUGAAGAGAGAAUUGCAGGAGUUGCGGUCAUGUUCGCCGUACGUCCAAGCACCGAAGACGGCGGCGGUCAUGUUAUGCCCUUCUUGUGAGAUACUCGCGAGAGGCAAUUCCGAAGCCACGAGGAAAGAGAAUUGCAGUAUUUGAGGCUCCGGGGAAGAAGGGCAAAACGAGUAGCAGAAGAAGAAGAGCGGAUUCGGUCAGGCAGAGCGAAGCAAACAAAUCGAAUGACAUCCUAGCUCAUCAUCUGAUCAUGGAGGAGCUGAUUUAACCGAAAACCCUUGUAGAUAACAUGAGCGGAGAGAGGAGAGGCUACUUGGAAUCGGAAUAAGCAUGGAAUGUGCAGAGAAUUUUUUGCAUGUCCGUUUUCCAUUUUUUUAUGGUGAAUAAAUCUAUCAGUAAAAGACUCGUCGCUUUCA